AUGGCACAGCUGCCCCAAAACCCGACUCCCAAACGCCUGAUUCAGCUUCUCAAAUCGGAGAAGAAUCUCAGCUCCGCCCUCAGCUUGUUCUACACUUCCGGAGGUCACCCCGAUUACAACCACUCCCCGGCGGUCUUCGACCACAUCCUCCGCCGCCUCUCCGCCUCCGGCGACCUCAAACUCAUUCCUGACGUCACCCACAUUGUCGAACUCAUCCGAGCCCAGAAAUGCCCCUGUACGGAGGACACGGCUUUAUCAGUCUUGAAAAUUUAUUCGCGGGUUUCCAUGGCGGAGAGAGCCAUGGAGAUUUUCCAGAAAAUGAAGGAGAUAUUCGGGUGCGAACCCGGGGUGAGGUCUUAUAAUUGUCUUCUAAACGCGUUUGUGGUUUCGAAUCAGCUGAGUAAGGCCGAGCUUUUCUUCAGGCAUUUCCGGACGAUGGGCGUGUCUCCGAAUCUCGAGACGUUUAAUAUAUUGAUCAAGGUCGCGUGUCGUAAGAGGGAUUUCGACAGCGCGCGUGAGCUGGUGGAUGGUAUAUGGGGGCAUGGAUUGGCUCCGGAUGUUUAUAGUUAUGGCACUCUGAUAAAUGGGUUGGCGAAAGUUGGGGAAUUGAAGGAAGCCGUGAAGGUGUUUGAUGAUAUGCUGGAGAGAGGCGUGAGGCCAGAUGUUACGUGUUAUAACAUUUUAAUAGAUGGGUUUUUCAAGAAAGAUGAUUAUAAGGCGGCCGAUGGGAUUUGGAGGAGGUUGAUAGAGGAUUCGUGGGUUUAUCCGAGCGUUGUCACGUACAAUGUUUUCAUCAGUGGCCUGUGCAGGUGCGGAAGGUUUAGUGAGGCCCUGGAAUUUCGGGACCGGAUGAGGAAUAACAAGCAGAAAAUGGAUUUGUUCACGUACAGUGCUUUGAUUCAUGGGUUAUGCUGCUCGGGGGAUAUUGUAGGGGCGGAGAGGAUUUUUAAGGAGAUGGCUGAAUCUAAUGUGUCACCUGAUGCUGCUGUGUAUAAUGCUAUGUUGACUGGUUAUUUCAAGGUUGGGAGGACUAAUAACUGUCUUGAGCUGUGGGAACAGAUGGGAAGGAAGGGUAGUCGAAAUAUCAGUAGUUUUAAUAUAAUGAUGAAAGGGCUUCUCGAUAAUGGGAAGGUUGAUGAAGUAAUUUCCAUCUGGGAGCUUAUGAAGGAGAAUGGUUUUGCUGCUGACUCCACAACUUAUGGAAUUUUAGUUAAUGGGUUUUGUAAAAAUGGACAUUUUGACCUGAGUUUACAUGUGUUCGAGAAUGCCAAGGGGAAAGGUGUUUUAGAUGCUUAUGCAUAUUCAUCAAUAAUUAAUGGGCUGUGUAAAGAAGCAAAGUUGGAUGAGGCACUUUCUGUGCUGAAUAGAAUGGCUAAAAGUGGGUGUAAGCCAAAUGCUCCUGUUUAUAAUGCUUUAAUUAAUGGCUUUGUAGGUGCUUCUAGAUUUGAGGAUGCAUUUAGGACUUCUCGUGAAAUGCAAAGCAUGCAUUGUUCACCUUCCAUCGUGACCUACAAUACUUUGAUUAAUGGAUUGUGCAAAAAUGAAAGGUUUGCUGAAGCUUAUGACCUCGUGAAGGAAAUGCUUGAUAAAGGAUGUAAGCCAGACUUAGUUACUUAUAGUGUGUUGAUAAAAGGUCUCUUCUUGGGUCAUAAAGUACACUUGGCUCUUAACUUGUGGAACGAGGUAAUCAGCAAAGGCAUCAAACCUGAUGUGCAGAUGCAUAACAUAAUGAUUCACGGUCUGUGUUCUUUUGGCAAAACUCGGUUUGCUCUGUCCUUAUAUUUGGACAUGAAUCGCUGGGACUGUGUUCCGAGUCUUGUUACCCACAAUACCCUUAUGGAAGGUUUUUACAAAAAUAAUGACUUGAAGAAUGCAUUGGUGGUUUGGGCUCGGAUAUUAAGAUUUGGUAUACAGCCGGAUAUUGUUUCGUAUAACAUUACUCUUAAAGGUCUUUGUUCUUGCGAUAGAAUAUCAGGCGCCAUUGUGUUCUUACAGAAUGCCUUGACGAAUAAAAUCGCCCCAACUAUAGUUACGUGGAAUAUACUCGUGAGAGCAUUUACAGAAUUAAAUGUUAAAUCAAAAGUCCUGAUUCUUAAGCUCAAUAGAGGGAAAGAGGUGAGAGUGUACCCUGGCACUGGCCUCGAUCUCUCGUCCAAGAUUGGAUUGAUACGAGGCAAAUCAUUGCUGUUCUUCGACUCGGCCGUCCUUCCUUCCUCCUUCUCCAAGCUGUUGAACCUGCAGACCCUGGUGGUCCAGAACACGUCCAGGGCGCUCGAUAUCAAAGCCAAUAUCUGGGAAAUGACCCGACUGAGGCAUAUAAAGACUAACGCGAUCACAUCCUUGCCCACGCCCAAGACCGCAGGCAGAGAGGGGGAGAAUCUCCAGACCCUUGGCCUCAUCUCGCCCGAGAGCUGCACGGAGGAAAUCUUCAAUCAGGCCCGCAACCUGAAGAAGCUGCGCGUCCAGGGCCACCUGGCCCUGCUUCUAGAAGCCAAGGUCGGGUCGUUCAAAAGCCUUGCCAAGAUGGAAGGCCUCGAAAAACUGAAGCUCAUCAACGACGUGUACCCCACCCAGCUUUCUGUGUACCCGCUGCGGUUCCUCCCCCAGCACUACAAGUUUCCACCGAAACUCCGGAGCCUGACACUGUCCUACACGAUGCUUGACUGGGCCUACAUGUCCGUCUUGGGCCUGCUCGACAACCUUGAGGUGCUCAAGCUCAAGGACCAGGCUUUCGAGGGGAAGUACUGGGAUACAGGCGUUGGCGGGUUCCGUUGCCUGGAGCACGUCCAUCGGGCGGAUGAACCUGGUCGUGUGGAAGGCCUCCUCGGGCAAGCACCACUUCCCACGUCUCAGGCGGCUCAAGCUGAUGAACUGCGAGCAGCUAGCAGGGAUUCCUUCUGGGCUGGCGGAUGCACCAAGCCUGCAACUGUUGGACUUGUAUCGUUUUCUGCUGCAGCGUGGUCGGCCCAACGGAUCCAUGACGUCAUAAACAAACGCCAGGAGGGCCAAAGUCAAACUGCCCGAGCUGCCGAGUUCAAGCUCUCCAUUUUUCCUCCCCUCGGCUCUUAG